ACAAACUUUUCAAUUCCACCCCUCUUGCACCUUAAGCCAUUCAAUACAACACAAGUUUCAGUUUUCAACCAUGGCUGGUGUGAACUCCGAGCCUGAAGGAUGGAAACUUUUUCCUUCUCUUAUGGAUUCUGCUGCUGAUAGUAACGUUGAUGGAAGGAGUGACAAAAACUUGAGUAAUGAUGGGUUGGUGAUGCAUUUCUCUUCUGCCAGGCCAGUGCCAACAUCUGGACAGAAAGCAGUGAUUCCAAAUACAACUCAGUUUACCAUCUUCUAUAAGGGAAAUAUGUGCACCUAUGAUGGAAUUCCUGCAGAAAAGGUGCGUGAAAUAAUGUUGAUUGCUGGUGCCUCUGCGAAGUCUGCUGAAAUGAAGAGUGGUGUUCCCUUCACUUCCUUCAUUCCCACUAGCCCUUCUUCACAAGGAAACUCUAAUAAUCUGGCUUCACCCCAAUCCGUCUGUUUUCCUGCAGAGAAGGGUUCCAUUUGCAGGCUCCAAGAAUUUCCAAUAGCACGUAGACAAUCACUCCAAAGGUUUCUUGAGAAGCGAAGAAAGAGGUUGGGUAGCAAAGCCCCAUAUGCCUUCUCACCAACAAAAGUGGCUGACAGCAACUUCUGUGCUGACAAUACAUCAGAUUUUGCUUCUUUGAACUUUGACAGGAGGGAUUUCAACCUAGUGUUGCUGCCUCUUGAGGGUAACUAGUGUUGGUUCUACUUUGUGUGAAAAUGGUACUGUCUGGAAUAGCAUAUGCAUUCAUAUAGAAGCGAAGUGACUAAUAUAUAUGACUUCGUUGUGUUCAGAUCUUGCUUUAUGCCUAAUUAGAAAACCUGAAUGUGUCAAGUGAAGUGUUACUUUAAAGUUGGUUAGUGUGUUUGAUAAUGUGUAGAAAUGUCCAUCAUGCUCAGAAAACCUGACUUUUAAACUGUUAUCUUGUACCUUAAUAUGUGUGGAGAAUUGAUUAUCUGUUGUGCUGUGAC